CUAGGCUCUGUUUUGGAUAUUAUAAAGCACAUUGUGGCCAAAGGAGAACAUAAAACUGGUGUCCUGGAUGAACCCUGUAUAGCCACGAUCCUUAAGGAGGUGCUGGAGGGGCUGGACUAUCUGCAUAAAAAUGGACAAAUCCACAGGGAUGUAAAAGCAGGAAAUAUUCUUCUUGGAGAAGAUGGCUCAGUGCAAAUUGCAGACUUUGGUGUUAGCGCAUUUCUGGCCACUGGUGGUGACAUUACCAGAAAUAAAGUCAGGAAGACUUUUGUGGGCACACCUUGCUGGAUGGCACCAGAAGUUAUGGAACAGGUCAGAGGAUAUGAUUUCAAGGCAGACAUCUGGAGCUUUGGGAUCACUGCUAUCGAACUGGCUACGGGGGCAGCUCCUUACCAUAAAUACCCACCGAUGAAGGUUUUAAUGCUGACACUACAAAAUGAUCCUCCCUCUUUGGAAACUGGUGUGCAAGAUAAGGAGAUGCUGAAGAAGUAUGGGAAAUCAUUUAGGAAGAUGAUUUCAUCGUGCCUACAAAAAGACCCUGAAAAAAGGCCGACAGCAGCAGAACUCUUAAGACACAAAUUUUUCACAAAAGCAAAGAAUAAAGAAUUUUUACAAGAGAAGAUGUUGCAGAGAGCUCCAACAAUCACUGAAAGAUCUAAAAAGGUCCGGAGAGUCCCAGGUUCCAGCGGACGUCUUCACAAGACUGAAGAUGGUGGCUGGGAAUGGAGUGAUGAUGAACUAGAUGAAGAAAGUGAGGAAGGCAGAGCAGCAAUUUCACAGCUCAGGUCUCCCAGAGUGAAAGAACCUGUACAGAAUUCCGAGCUAUUCCCAUCAGCUGAGCCUCCAGGUCCUUCACUCAAUGCUCCAGCACAGGCACCUACUCAACUACCUCAGGCUGCAGGACAAGUACCUGCACAACCUCCAACUGCUGUACCUCCACCUAGUCAGGCUCCUCCAGCAGCCCCAGCAGCAGCCCAGGCCCCACCUGCUCCUGCUGCAGCUCCAGUACAGGAAGAUACAAAAGUCCCCAUCAGCCUUGUACUAAGGUUAAGGAAUUCAAAAAAAGAGCUCAAUGAUAUUCGAUUUGAAUUUACCCCAGGGAGAGAUACUGCUGAUGGUGUGUCUCAAGAACUCAUUUCAGCAGGUCUUGUUGAUGGCAGAGAUCUGGUAAUAGUUGCAGCUAAUUUGCAGAAAAUUGUGGAAGAGCCCCAAGCGAACAGAUCCGUCACUUUCAAACUGGCAUCUGGUGUCGAAGGCUCAGAUAUUCCUGAUGAUGGCAAACUUAUAGGAUUUGCACAGCUCAGCAUCAGCUAAACAAUGGUCCCAGGAGAUGUUUUCCAACCGAGAACCCACAUGUGCAUAUUCGUAAUGCUUCUGUUAGCCUAAACAAAAACAAAAACAAACCACUACUGCCAAAGAAUUGAACUACAGCCCCCUUCCUAGAAGCUUUAACAUUUUUCCUUAAUAGGAUCACAAACCUUCCUGAAAUUACCGAUGGCGUUUACACCUUUUGUAAACAACUCUCAUGUUUUUGUAUCUGUCAUCUCAAACGUGCAGAUCCAACACAUCAUUGCCUGCAUGUUCAUUUUAUUAUUGCCUUACUUUAAAGAAAAAUACUACUGAGUACGAAGCAGGGGGUUCCACUGCUCUGAUGAUCUUGCCUAAAUGUUUGCUUACAUGUGGUUUCAUUUUUUUUUUUUUUCACUUGCUAUUUUUGCACAAGUUUUAAUACUGAAAGGAUCUUUUUUUUUUUUGUUGUUCCUGCUUCUCCUUUUCUCUGAAACACCAAUGUACAUGUUAUUUGGGUCACCUGGAGUGCUGAGAAAUCUGCUUCUCUUCGGCUGUGUUUUUUAAAACUGCUGGUUUGAAUGCUUGCACCCAAGAAAGCAAGCCAAGUCUUAACCCACGGGAGGGAGAGCCACCUUCCCUUGUGCUUGUGUUUUUGAGAAGUUCCUUGACUUUGAGGUGUUAGAAGUCAGCUUCCCUUUGUAAACUGC